AUGGGCUGGCCAUGGGAGUUCCUCACUCUAACACAAGAGGAAAAGCAUCAACGUCGCCUGAGUCUUGACCACUACGCAUUUAUAGCUCAUCUUUCUGCAUUUGUUCCGGCAUUAUUACUCGUUCUGUUGCACUUCAUCGACCGCGUCCGACGGGGCCGAAACAGUGGAUAUCAGCAAGUUCCUGGCUCACCUGGCGUCAAAGCGAAUCGACAGAAAUGGAUCUCUAGAGUUUUGGAAAAGGGCCCUAUGGUGAAGUGGUGGCUUGGUGAAGACGUUUGGUUUAUGGGGAGUCAUUGGGGACAGCGUGACGAAUGGAUUGUGGGUAUUGCAUGGACCUUUUGGCUGCUGGUGUUGAGUGUUCAUGGCACAGGAAAGGGUAUGUUAUUCGUUCAUCAGGGGAACAUCGCUAACAAGAUAGACUAUCUUCAUCUCACAAAACGAGUUGGCAUUGUUGCAACAUCUCAGAUGCCCAUCCAGUAUCUUCUUGCUCUCAAGGCCCUCAACCCAUUUGCCUUCGUCCUCCGCUCAUCUCAUGAGCAUCUCAACCGCUACCACCGUGUAUUGGGCCGUAUCAUCUACUCUCUCCUGAUUCUUCACGCCAUUCUUUACAACAUAUUCUUUAUAGAGUCGGAGAUAUGGCUUAAGCGAUUCUUUGCCCCUGUUGUCUUCGCAGGUGUUGCAGGCUUGGUUGUCCUGCACGCUCUCAACGGUACAGCCAUGGCCAGCGUUCGACAAUAUUCGUAUCGCUUGUUCUUCAUCGUCCAUCUUCUUGGUGCUUUUGCUAUCCCACCUCUCAUCUACUACCACGCACCAUCGUCGAGGUUUUACAUCGGUGAGGCCAUCGGCGUCUUCGUGCUGGAUCUCGCCAUACGCAAGAUGAUCACCAUCACAGCUCCCGUUGUCAUUGAGGCGAUACCCGGUACCAGUCUUGUCAAAGUAUCUGCCACAAUGCCAUCACAUAAGAUCGCAAAAUACGCCGCCCGUCCGGGGUCGCACAUUUAUCUUAAUGUACCUCCGACCUCGCGUCCGGGCAUCGGCCAGUUCUCUGCGCCUUACCUCGUCUUUGAGUUCUUGUAUAACCCCUUUACAGUUUCCUCCACGAACCAGGAAACGGGCGAGUUGACCUUUAUCGCACGUACAAGGACUGGCCCCAUGACGAACCGCCUGCAUCAUCUCUCCUCGACUACCAACAACGGAGCAGCGACCGAGAAGGCUCAACUUAACAUCGAAGGACCGUAUGGUACAAUAGGAAAGACAUUCAAUGAUCUCAUCACAUCAGGAAUCAAUCGUGUACUCAUCGUGGCCGGAGGAGUAGGAGCAACCUUCGCUGUACCGCUCUACCAUGCCAUCAAUGCGGAGAAUUCCAUCCCCCAUGUUGAGCUUAUCUGGGCUAUUCGGAGUGCAGGUGAUGCAACAUGGGCAUCCUCGACCCCUACUGGCAAGUCUCUUCUCGAUGAUAAUCAAGUACAGUUAUUCCUUACAGGGGACAUGGGUGUUUCAGACGAUAGUGACAACGCUGCCGGUGUUGAGAUGGACAACAUACCACCACAAGCGACUCGCUCCUCUGUCAGAAACAGCAAGAGACCAGACUUGAAAAAGAUCGUUGAUGAGACAUUCAGAAAAAGUCAACUAGACAACGUCGCUAUUCUGGUCUGUGGCCCUACCGAGAUGGCCAGGGAGCUUCGCAAUAGUGUUACGCCUUGGGUGAUGAAGGGCCGUAACGUAUGGUGGCAUAACGAAAGCUUUGGAUGGUAG